GGCCAAGACCAGGCGUUGGCCGCGGCCCGGGCCUCACAGCCGUCGACGGCAGCUAAGGGGAGCAGCCGCGACGCCUGAGGAGCGCUACAAUACAACAAAAACGAACGGGCAGCCGUGCGGCGCCGCCAGACUUCAUAAACUAGGCAGCGCCGGUAGUAGGACCAAAGCGCAGGCGCCGCCAUGGCGAAGGUCCUCGAGGCCCUCAUCGCCAAGGGCCGCCGCGUCCGACGGCCGCGCGAGCAGAAGGAGGUCGCCUUCGGGUUGUGCGACCUCUCGACGCAUACGGAGUUACACGAGCGCAUCGUGAAAAAGGGCGGCAUCAAAUCUUUAGUAAACCUGUUAGCCGGUUCCCAGGACAACGAGGCCCAGCGCUUCGCGGCGCUGGCGAUCGGGAACUGCGCGUCGGCGUCGUACAACCGCCUAGCGAUCGUCGCCGAGGGAUGUCUCACGACGCUAGUCGACUAUACGGCGGCCGAAGGCAAUGAUCUGAUAGGACGGCAGUAUUGCGCCAUGGCCCUUGGGAAUUUAGCCGCGGAACCGAUGAACCACGAAGAAAUCGUCAAGAGCGAAGGCAUUAACGCGCUCAUGUGCCUCUUGAAAACGGAGGAUAUAGAAUCAGGGAGGUACGCGGCCUUUGCAUUAUCAAAUCUCGCGGCGAACGCCAAUCAUAGACAGCAGAUCGUCGACGAGGGCGGCGCUGCCGCACUCGUGGCUUUAGCUUGUUGUGAGGACCUGAACGCGCAGCGCCAGGCCAUGAGCGCCUUGCGAGGUCUAUGUAUCACGCCCCACUAUAGACCUCUCGUCGUGCAAGAGGGCGUGUUGGAUCCUAUUGUGUUGAUGGCUCGAACCGACGAGAUUGAGGUGCUGCGAGAGGUGUCGGCGGCAUUGAACUGUUUGUCUUCCGUAGAAGAGAACAAGAUGGAGAUCUGCGAUCGAAGCAUCUCCACGAUCAUCGCCAUGCUCUUGUCGGGAGACGUCGAGACGGAGCGGCACGCGUGUUGCUCGGUGGCGAACUUGGUGGAGCUCGCGGAACUGCACGGGAGACUCCUAGAAGAGCGAGGCUUGGCCCCGCUCGUCGCCUUAGCUCUCUCAGAGGACACGAACACCAAAGGCGAAGCGAGUCGAGCCAUCGCUAAUUUAGCCGCCAACGCCGACGUCCAGCAGACUCUGCUCAAGGAAGGUGUCUUAUUACCGAUGGUCAAAGCCCUCGAGAUCGACGAUAUUAAUUGUCAACGCUUCUCCGCUUUAUGUUUGGCGAAUCUGGCCACGACGAUCGCCUCGCAGAUUAAGGUGGUGCAGGCCGGUGCUAUUAGGCCGUUAGUCGCUCUAGCCCACAACCCGACGGGCCAGCUCGAGGGGCGGCGCUACGCCGUCUUGGCACUGGCCAAUCUGUCAGCGACCGUCGCAAACCACGCCGUCAUGAUCGAGGAGGGCGUGCUGCACGCUUUAUUUUCUUUGUCGAACUCGGCCGACGUCAUGUCCCAGUAUUAUGUGGGCUGCGCUCUGGCGAAUCUGUCGUGCGCGGUAGGAAACCACGCCAUCAUGGUCGAGCAGGGCGGCCUGCAGCCGCUGAUCACAUUGGCGUACGCGUCGGACCCCGACGUCCACCAGCAGGCGGCCGCGGCCUUGCGAGGUCUCUCCGUAAGUACGGAGAACAAGAUGAAGGUCGUGCAGGAGGGCGGUUUGGAGCCGCUUACUAGGUUGUUAGCGUCGGAAGACGUGGAGAUCCUCCGAGAAGUGUGUGCGGGAUUAAAUAACUUGUCACUAGGAGAUGAGAACAAGUUCGAGAUCGCGAAAUGUGGCGCCGUGCCGCCCCUGAUCACCCACAGUCAAUCCGACGACAUGAUCAUCGCCGCGCAAGCGUGUGCGUGUUUAGCUAAUUUAGCGGAAAUGGCAGAAAACCAGGAGAUCAUUGCCAGGGAGGGCGGCGUGCGGCCGACGAUCCAGGUCAUGCGGUCGCGGUAUGUGGAGGUGCAGCGGGAAGCCGGGCGGUUGUUAGCUAACUUGUGUGCUUCGGAUAGCGAAACUUCUGACAUGAUCGUUAGGGGCGGCGGGCACCAGCUACUCAUAUCUUACUUGUUGUCGCAAGAUACGGCUUGUCAGCGCGUCGGCGCGUUGGGCAUUGGUAAUUUAUGUACGCAGGAACGACAUCGGGUACCACUCAUGGACUCUGGCGUGCUCGAACCGCUCUGUACGUUAGCUCGCUCCGAAGAUAUAGAAUUAGAAAUCCAGAGGUAUGCCGUGUUAGCGAUUGCGAACCAGGCUAGUACCGUAGACAACCACGCCGCCUUCGUGUCGGAAGGCAUGCUGCCUCUGUUGAUUUCAUUGUCGAACGCGCCGGACGCCGAAGUGAGGCAAUAUGCGGCCUACGCCCUGGUGAAGGUCGCGCAAAAUGCCGACGUGAGAAAACAAGUUACUGAUGAAGGUGGUUUGGAACCUGUACUCUACUUAGCUAGAACAGAUGAGCCCGAGAUCCAGGUCGAGGUCAUCCCCGCGAUUUGUACGCUAUCGUUCGCGGAAGAAAAUAAAGUCGACAUCGCGAAGAAUGGCGGACUGCCUCCUGUGAUUGCUGCAAUUCGCGACGCGAAUGUCGAGACCGCAAGGAUGGCCUGUUGUGCUUUGGCCAAUCUCUGUGAGGUCGUGGAGAACACGUCUUUGAUCAUGGACCACAACCCGGUCCCGGCGUUGAUGGAGGUGCUCGUGGGCCAUGCUCCCUUAGUCCAGUGCGAGGCGGCGCGGGCCAUGGGCAACCUCGCGGCGAACAUCGAGUACGGCGAUGAAAUCUUAAGGGCAGGAGCGCAGCGCUACCUCAUGAUCAUGUUGCGGUCCGAAGAGGAACGGUGCCAGCGCAUGGCCGCCAUGGCCUUAUGUAACCUCGCCUCGAAUUUACAAAAUCAGCCGAAGAUGAUCGCGGCCGGGAUUCUCGAGCCGGUCGUGGGUGAAGCGACGUUAGCGCUCGAUGCCAAGUCCAAGUCGGACUUCGAGUGUGUGCGCUACUGUUUACUGAUUCUGGCGAAUCUGGCGGUGUGCCAGACGAACCACCCCCAGUUGAUGGCCGAGGCGUUACCGGUACUGGCGCAGUUCGGCGCCCACCGAGAUGUGAAGUGUCGGCAGUACUCGAUCUUCGCGAUCGGUAAUUUAUGUGCGAACUCCGAAAACCUGGAAGGCAUCGUGAGAGAAGGUUGUUUGAAAACAUUGAUCAGGUACGCGUUCCCGUCGACCGACGCGUCGGCCGUCGACGUCCAGUUCCAGGCCAUUGCCGCCAUUAGGGGAUUGGGGACGCACCAGACCAUUAGAUUGCAACUGGUGCGGGAGGGCGCCCUCGAACCGCUGAUUCUGGCGGUGCAGUCCGAAAGUGUAGAAGUGCAGCGCGAAGUAGCUGCCGCUUUGUGUAAUCUAGCACUCGCCGAAGAAAACAAGGUGACGAUGGCCCGGAGUGGCGUCGUCGGUGCGUUGAUAGCGCUGAUGCAGUCCAGAGAUGUGGUGCGAGAGACGCACGCGUGCGCCUGCUUGGCCAAUCUCGCGGAGAUGGUCGAAGGCAGGACGCAACGGCGCCUGGUCGACGAAGGGUCCUUGCGGUAUUUACUGAAUCUCGCGUCGUCGGAAGAUCCCGAGGUAAGAAGGGAGGUAGCGAGGGCCAUGGCUUUAUUCGCGGCGAAGCGCGACUCGCAUGCUGCUCUACAGCGAGCUGGUUCUGUGCCAUGUUUAGUGCAAUUCGCAAGGGGCGAGGACACCGUAUCGAGGAGGUUCGGCUGCCUGGGCAUCGGCAAUUUGGCGAUUGUCACGGCGAACCACCAGGAGCUGUUCGACAGCGGCGCGAUUGCCUCGUUACUGCCGCUGGCGGUCUGCGACGAUUUGGAGACGAGGCGGUGCACGGCCUUCGGUCUGAAUAAUGUGGCGUCGAACGAGAAGAAUCAUAGAGUGCUGGAGCGGAUGGGCGUCCUCCGACCGUUAGUCGCGCUCAUCAAGGACAAGGACCAGGACACGCACUUGCAAGCGUGCUUGGCCGUGCGGCAGCUCUCGCUAACCCCGAAGUGCCGCUUCCAGUUCGUCGAGAUGAAGGGCCUGCAGCCAUUGUUAGCUUUAGCAGACUCCGACUCCAUAGAAGUGCAAAGAGAAUUGGCCGCAGCUUUAAGGAACCUAUCCUUAUCGGAGCAGAACAAGAUUUCGAUUGUACGCGAGGGCGGCAUGGACGUAUUGAUCAAAUUUGCCCAUUCGUUGGACGUCGAAAUAGCUCACCAGUCGUGCGGCGUCCUCGCGAACUUGGCCGAAGCGUUGGAGAACCAGGGCCCGAUGAUCGAGACGGGGUUGCUGCAACAUUUGAAAUAUGUGCUUCGUUCGAAGUCCGUCGAUGUGCAAAGGGAAGCCGUACGAGCUAUCGGGAACCUAAGUGCGGAGUACUCGCACACCGCGGCCAUUGUGGCUGCAGGAGCGUUGCUACCGCUCGUACCCACAUUAAGCUCGCCGGACUUCCUCUGCCAACGAUAUGCGGCCAUGGGCAUCGCCAAUUUGGCCACGAACAUGGGCAAUCAGCCAAAGAUCAUGCAAGCUGGGGCUUUACAACCUAUUAUAUCGUUGGCGCGGCGGGAUAACGGUGAUUUGGAUUCGCAGAGGUAUGCGGUGUUCGCUUUGUGCAAUGUGGCUGCUACAAGGGCGAACCAUGCCCAAUUGGUCCAGGCUUCGUUGAUAGAGUUAUUGGCGGCUCUACUCGAUGACGAGGAUUCUCAAAUAAGAAACGCGGCGUGCUUCGCGAUUGCGAAUCUCUGCGCGAACCCGGCGAACCACGAAGAGAUUUUGGACGCGCACUGCCUCGGUCCAUUGAUCGGGUUCGCGGCGUCGCCUGAUCCCCAAGCGCAAUUGAGGGGCGUCCAGGCGUUACGAGGGUUGUCUACCGAUGCGGAGCUACGCGUGCAGAUCGUGCAGCGCGGCGCCUUGGAGCCGCUACUCGCUCUCACGAAGUCUACGGACGUCGAAGUUCAGAUGGAAGUCCUGGCGUGCUUAUGUAACCUGUCGCUUUGUGGGUGUAUUGGCGACCAGCCGAAGAAAUUCAUGGACGCGCUGGAUGUGGAAACGUUGAUUUCUUUCUUAUGUUCCGCGGAUACGACUUACAGAUUGUUUGCUGCCGUUACGUUGGGUAAUGUUGCUGCGGAUGAGACUCUACAAGAUGAAAUUGUGGAAGGUGGUGCGCUCGCACCUUUGGUGACCGUCGGCAACGCUGCGGAUUUGGAGACCCAACGGUGCAUCGCUUAUGCUUUAUGUAACUUAUCUGUUGAUGAAGCUCGGAGACCGACCAUCGUGGACGAAGGCGGACUGCCUCCCAUCAUUUCCUUGGCCUGCUCCGAGGAGGCCGCCGAUGUCAAAGCGGCCGUUUCGACAUUGAGAGGGCUGUCCUCGUCGCCGAAAGCUAGACGACAGAUCAUCGUCGCGGGCGCCCUCGAAGCUCUUGGCUUGGCCGCCAGGAACGAGGACGUCUGGGUGCGGCGCGAGGCGGCUGCCGCUCUCAACUCACUAUCCUUGAACGACCUGAACAAGGUGGACAUGGCGACGUCUGAUGCACUCACACAGCUCGUAGCCCUAGCGCGCGACGACGACGUUCCGACAUUGAGGCAAGUCUGCGGCGCUCUAGCUAAUUUGUCAGAGUGCACGAAGACGCACAUGCCCAUCCUGGCCGCGGGCGGCACGAACCCCCAGGCCCUGGCGGAGCAGGCGAACGCGGCGGGAGACAUGUCCCUGACCGAAACGGUGAAGACCGACGACGAGCCCUGGAUCGCCGACGCUUCUGUCGCGUUCCUGAAUGAUCUCGUGCUGUACAACGGCGACGUGGGCAUGGUCCGCGAGGUGUCGCGCUGCUUGUCGAAUCUAGCAGCGAACCACGCGACGCAUGAUGUUGUUUUAGAUUCUGAUAGUAGCGUCGCUUUAGUGAGAGCGGCCGAACGGGAUGAUGCGGUGGUUGCUCGGUUCGCUACCAUUGGGUUAUUGAACUUAGCGACGAACGCGAAGUGCCACGCUCGCCUCAUGGAGGACAAGGCCUGCGUCGACGUGUUGGUGGACCUGGCGGGCGGUGGUGAGAGAAUUUGGACUCGAGUAGAUGAAGAUGGCGCGCCCUCCGUCUCCAAGGAAAUUGAACCGGCGCCCGCGCCGGCGCCGGGCACGGGCCCGCAGAUGAAGACGACGGCCGCGUUACUCGGUGACGACGAGCACGCGGAGAAUGACGAGGCACUGGACGAGAUGAAGUUGGUCGACGAGAUGGGUUAUGAUUUGGAAGCGCGGCGGUACGCGUGUUUGGCCCUAGGUAAUUUGCUGGCGCAGCAUGAAAACCACGACCAGGUGCUCGCGGCGGGAGCGUUGGCGCGAUUAGUUGAUAGCAUGGACGCCGAUCUUGACUUAGAAACGAGGUUCAACGCCGUCUACGCGUGCAACAAGAUGGCUACCAGGAAUUCCAACCAUGAAAUCAUGGUCUCGGGGGGUAUCCUCAAGCCUCUCGUUGCGCUGUGCGGCGAGGAAGAUCAACACGCGCGGUGCCAGGCCUGUGCUUGUCUCAGACAUCUGUCGACGCAUGCGGAGUCUCGGAGGCAGAUCGUGCUCGAGGGUGCUCUGGUACCCUUGGCAACGGCUGCGUUAGUGAAGGACCUCGAAACGCAGCGGGAAGUCGCGGCCUGCUUAUGUCACUUAGCUCUAGCUGACGAUAAUCGCAGCGACAUCAUCCUGUCGGGGGCAGCCCAACCUUUACUGGAAAUGGCCCAGUCGCCGGACGUGGAGGUCGCCCGCUUCGCGAACGGCGCGGUCGCGAAUGUGGCCGAGGACCCCAUGACCCAUAGAGCGAUAGGACACCACCUGAACGGCAUGCACAUUCUGAUCUAUUUGAUGCGGUCGAGGCACGUCUCUGUUCAUAGGGAAGCGGCCCGAGCUGUUUCCAAUCUAUUGACGUCGGAAGCGUCUCACAGUUUAUUCUUGGCGGAGGACGGCUUACGAUCUCUAUUCAGUGUAGCAGCCUCGCGGGACCAGGAGUGCCUCUAUAAUGCUGCGCUGUGCUUCCGGAAACUCACCCCGAACUUUGCCAACCACGAUACGAUCAUAGCGAAGGGUGGCUUACAACCCCUCAUUGGAUUAGUCGGUCUGACCGAUGUGGACACGCAAAGGCAGGCGGCGGCGGCUCUACGGGAGUUGGCUACGAACCGAGACCACAAGGUCACUUUUGCGGAGGAAGGUGGGUUAAGAUGCAUGAUCGCGGUCGCGCGCGAACGAGAUCUGCAGUUGAGAGUGCUCGGUGUCUCGGCGUUGCGGCAUCUCUCACUAUCUUCGAGAAUCAAGCGACCGAUCGUGCGGGAAGGCGGCCUGGGGCCGGUCUACGAGUGUCUGAUGGGCGACCGGUCCGACGCCGCUAAUGUUGAUGCAAGUGUAGCGGACAUGACCAUCGGGACCUACGAGGGUUUGGACUUGGACUUGCUGGCGCAGUGUGCUGGUUUACUUGGUAACUUGGCAGAGGACCCGCACAACCAGCUCGCGCUCGUGCGAGACGGCGCGUUCGCGCCUCUCGUAAGGUUGUCAAGGGUCCCCCACGCGGGCAUCCAGAUGGACGUCGCUCGAGCCCUUUGUAGUAUUUCGGCCCACCCCGACAACCAAGUGGGAGUGUUUGGGCCGGAGGAGCUCCAAGCCUUAUUUGAUUUGAUGGCCAAUCCGGAAGAGAACUGUGCACGAGAUGCCGCUAUCGCUGUGGGCAAUCUAGCGACCGUCACGAAGAACCAGGUCACGAUUGUCCGAUUAGGCGCAUUAGGGCCGCUCAUCGCGCUCCUCGAGUCGCAGUUCGACUCGUGCCAGCAGUUCAGUGCCCGAGCGUUGUGUCGGCUGUCCGCACAUACGGCGAACCAGCCCAAGGUCGUCGACGCCGGCGGUUUGCAGUUGUUGAUCAAGGCGUGUCGAUCGGGCGCGCCGGAAGUGCGGCGCUUCGCGUCGAUGGCGCUGUGUAACGUCUGCGUGCACGAAGCUAAUAAGCUCAAGGUCGUCAAGCUGGACGGCAUCCGACCUUUGAUAGACAUGUUGGACGACAAGGACUCGGAACUGUGUCGCAGGUACGCGGCCAUGGCCCUGUCCAACUUGACCAAUGAAAAAUCGAACCAGGAGCAUGUGGUCCGACAUGGUGCGGUCCUCCCAUUAAUACGAAUGGCCAUGGACGCCGAGGCCUUCCCGGAAUGUGCGCGGUUUGCGGGCUUCGUCCUAUGUAAUUUAGCGUCCAAUAGGAUGAAUAGGGUACCUUUGGUAAGGGCCGGUGCUUUGCCACCGCUGGUCGCCAUGGCAUCUAGGGAAGACGGCAAGUUGGAGGUCCAACGUUCAGCAGCAUUAGCUUUGUACAACAUCUCCUGCGCCGCGGCGAACCAAUUGGCCCUGGUCCAGGCCAACGCGACGUCCGCGCUCAUACGGUUAUGCGGGUCGGUGGACGUGGACUGCAAGCGCUUCGCGAUCAUGUCCCUAUCCAAUUUAGCGGCGAACAUCCAGACCCGAAGUGUCGCGACGAAGGGCGGCGGCCUGCAGGCGGCGCUUGGGUUGUUGAAGGACUUUGAAGUCGACAUUCGGCGGUACGCCUGUAUCUGCCUCGGCAACAUGGCGAACUUCCCGGUCACGCAAGUGCAGAUCAUCGUCCACGGUGGCUUGCAACCUUUGCUCGAUUUGUGCAAUGAUGACGAUGUGGAUUCCCAACGACAAGCUUUGAUGUGCCUCGUGAACGUCACGUCGAACGAAGCGAAUCAUCCAGCAGUCAUGUCGAAAGGUACCCUGAAGGUCUUGAUGCGCCUCGCGGCGGACUCCCAAGAUGCCGCGGUGCGCGAAUAUGCCACGUUCAACGUCGCUAACUUGGCCUCGGAUCCUGAUUUGCUCGCGCAGAUCGGCCGCGCCGGUGGUGUGCCUCCUUUGGUCUACCUGUCGCAGUCGAACAACAUCCACUCGCAGUGCCUGGCCUUUGCGGCUUUACGGAGAUUGACCAACGAGCCUGAAAACAGACGGCGCUUCGUGCAAGCUGGUGGGUUGCCUUCGUUGGCCUCCUCGGGUCUCUCAGCAGAGCUAGAAAUCCAGCGCGAGGUCGCGGCCUGUUUAUGCAACGUUACGCUCGAACCUUCCGUGAGGAUGGAUGUGGCCAAAGUCUGCCUGCCGGCCAUGGUCCAUCUGGCGCAAUGUGGGGACCGGGAAGCGGCUCGGCAGGCCAUGGGGUCGCUGGCCAACCUAGCGGAAGACAUGCAUACCCACACCCAUGUGGCCGCCUACGGAGGCGCAAGGUGCAUGGUCGCUCUUGUUGAUCAUGAUGCGGUCGACAUUCACAGAGAAGCUUCAAGGGCCAUAGCUAAUCUAUUGACGAGUUUCCACCACCAAGCUACCAUAAUAUCGGAUGGAUUGCCCGGGCUGGUCCAUCUAGCGCUGGGACCCGACGCGGAGUGCCAGUACAACGCUGCUCUCAGUUUCCGAAAACUCACGCCGAACCGCGACGCGCACGAAGGCAUCAUGGAGCACGGUGGGUUGGAGGCCCUCUUCCAAUUGCUCGAGAUCAAGGAUUCGAAAGAGGUGCCGACGCGCCGGCAGGCCGCGACGGCACUAAGGGACUUGGCCGCGAACGAGCACCUGAAGUUAGUGUACGCGGCGCGGGGCGGCAUCAAGGCCAUGGUUCAAUUAUCUAAAUGUCGCGAGUUGUCCUUGCAGUGCCUCGCGACGGCGGCGAUGCGCCAUCUGUCCUUGCACGACGAGCUGAAGCGACCUUUGGUGGAAGGCGGGUGUCUCGUACCAUUAGUAAGAAACGCUCCAAGAGCCAAUGAAGAUCUCCAGUGCCAGAUCGCUGGAUUGUUAGCUAACCUGUCCGAAGAGACGGAGAACCAGAUCUCACUGCUGAACGGCGGCUGUGUGCCGGUACUGGCAACUCUGGCCAGAGUAGAAAACGACGAGAUCCAGCAGGACUCGGGGCGGGCCAUGGCGAACGUCACUUCCAACGAAGAAAACCACGUCACGGCCUACCGGCAGGGUGCGCUCCACGCUCUCGUGCAUUUGUGCGACUCCGAGGAGGACGUCUGCCAGCGCUACGCGGCCAUGGGCCUGCGGUUCCUGUCGUCGCACCCGGAAGUCCGGGUCUACAUCGUGAAAGAGCAGAUGGUGGCUCCUUUCCUGCAAUUGGCCCAGAGUCCGUUGCUCGAGUUCCAGCGGACCGCUGCGGCUGCUUUGGCGUCUUUCUCGUUGUCUGUCGAGAACAAGGCGUCGCUGAUACGGCAGGGUGGCCUUACUACUAUAUUAUUGCUGUGCUUGUACGAGGAUCUACAAGUCGUACGCGACGCCGUCUUCGCUUUGGCCAACUUGGCCGACGCUUUAGAUCUGCAGUCCGAUUUGGUGCGGGAAGGUGCGAUAGAAACGCUGGCCAAGGUCGGCGAAAUGGACGACGCGCGGGUUCAGCGGGACACGGCGCGGGCCUUCGCGUGCUUGACCCAGAGCGAGGAGGUCCGAGCAAGGGCGGUAUUGGGAGGCUCUCUACCGGCAUUGUUCAAGCUCGCCCGGUCCUUGGACGUCGCCUGUCAGAGAUAUGCGACUCUAUCUCUAUGCAACGUCUCGUGUGGCGAACACAAGGCGAAAGUUGUGGAAUUUGGCGCCAUUCGACCGCUCAUGUUCCUCGCGCGGUUUCCAGAUAUGGAAAUUCAAAGGUAUGCUUCUCUCGCCUUGGCUGCAUUGGCGCUCGGCGACCACGCCACGAACAAAGAAAGGAUCGUGGAAGAAGGUGCUGUCAGACCUCUUGUGGACAUGUGCCGCUUCCCGGAAGCGCGCAUGCAAUUAUGUGCCGCUUUAGCGUUGAAUGCGAUCGCAUUAGGACCGCAAAAAAUCACGAAGAUGGCCAUUUCGCGGGAACAGGGUCUAGAACCCUUGCUGAACCUGCUCAAGUCCCACGACGAGGAGUGCGUGUUUGCCGGGACGUACAUUCUUGGGUCUUUGGCGGAAGAUGCCGAGGUCCAGGCCCAGUUGGUCGACCUCGGGUCGAUUCCCGCUUUGGUCGCUGUGGUGGGCGACGCGAACCUCGAGAUCAAGCGCGCGGCGGCCUACUACUUCGCGCGCUUGGCAGAAAGCGUCGAAUGCCACGCGAAGCUGGCCAAGGACGGCGCGCUGGCCAAGAUCAUCCAGAUCGCAUCCCUGGAAGACGUCGAGUGCCAGGAGGUUUCGGCCUUCGCUCUGGCGCACCUGGCGUCGGACCGCGACCUGCAGGUACCUCUCGUGACGUUGGGUGCGCUCAAACCGUUGGUCGCCAUGAUGUCCAUCCAGGCCGAGCCGCGGCACUACGCCGGCCUCGCCCUGCUCAAACUCGCGGACAACUUCGAGAACCACGUGGCCAUCGCCCAGGAGGGCGGCAUCCAGGCGUUAUUACGUCUCGGAAGAGAGCGCACGACGGACGAGGAGCUGCAGUACAAGGCGGCGCUCACGGUCGGUACUUUAGCUUCGAACGCCGUCAAGAUGAUGCCGCCCACCGCCGAGACCCACGGCACGGCCGCGAAGCGCAUGGUUCGGUCCGACAUCGGCUUCGGCGCCGCCGCCAUGCUCCAGGGCCGCGUCGCCGGCGAGGCGCGGAAAGGUAGGGAAGAGACGCUGGCGUACCUCGAGAAGUCCACGGCUCAGGACGCCGCGUCGGGCGAGGCGAAGAAGGGGGGGUAAGUGGCUCUUUUGU